AUGCUGCUGUCCGAUAGAAAGGGGAAGCGGAAGCGCUACAUACCGCGGCCGGCCAAGGGUGCCAGGGUUGGUGAGGUGGUCGGCGGCAUCUUUGCGCAAAUCAAGGCUGCCAGGAGGGAGGAGCCGUCAAAGGCCAACAGCAUCCAUGAUAGACAGCAAGGAGACCACGGCAAGCACACACCCACACACACGAGAAAGACAACACACGCACGACUGUCUGCUUUGUGUGUAAAUAGGAGUGAGUCAUCCCGUCGAGACACCGCCACAAGGACAGCAGCGGCCACAGACACGCAGCCCAUCGCACCCACACGCCGAUGCCGACGAUAGGCCGCAAAGUGAGGGAGUGACGGCACGCAACAACACAUGAGACACACACAUGACACACAUGCAUCCCGGCCAUCAUUUGCAGCGUCCGAUGGUUACUUUGCAGCGUUGCGCCGCGAGCUGUACCAGCUGUGCGAGCGGCCGAUGAUGGACAAGGCCUUCUACACCAAACGGUCAGCCAGCCAGCCAGCCUCAGAGCCCUGGAAUGUGUGUCUCUCUGUGUGUGUCCCACAACAGCUUGUCUCGCAGCAUGUUUGCCCCACAACAACCCAACAAGGCCACUGCACAGCCGCCGGUGUCAUCGGCGCGUGAGGCCGACCGCCCGCUUGCAGCGUCUGCACCUGACCAGUGGAACGAUGAGCGUGGCUAUCCCAUGUCACCACUCAUGCACAUGCGCUCGUCUGCUGACGCCCUCAACGGGGACGACCGCCGCCCACGGCCGCACCAACACACAGGGUACACACAUGCACACAGACAGAUAGGGACGGAGGUAGUGAGGGAGAGAGGCACACACACACAAAGAGACACACCACGUUCGUCUGCUUCUGUAUUGGUUGGCGUGUCAGGUCUGUCGACUUUCGGCAGCUCGCCAGUUCGUCAUCAGACUCGUUCCGCCUCAACCAACACAACAGUGCCAACCCAAACAUGACGAUGCAGGUCGGUCAGUCAGUCAGUCAGCCCACCAGCAUCAACAUCUCUCUCUCCCUCUCAGGGCGAGUGGAGUUUGUCACUGCCACGCCAUGAUGCCUUGCGUCGACUCGACACCCAGUCCGGCCCAUUCUUCCUCAAGCCACGACAAUUCUGAUACAUGAACGGCUGUCUGUGUGUCUGUGAGACGGACCGACAUUGGAUGACUGAAAUGCACGGAUGACUGAUGUGCACGGAUUGCUGGAUGGAUGGAUGGAUGGACGUGUCUGUGUGUUGAAGACAUCUCUCGUCAGUGAUAAGAGCCAAGCCGAGAC